GGUCCCCAAGCCCCACUGUGCACAGAUCUCUUUGGGGUCCAGGGUGGGGUGGGGGUAUCUGCGACCCUCAGCGCGUGGCUCCCACCCCCUGGGGGGGGUCGUGGGGUGCGGGAUGGGCAGCGUGCCCCCCCCCCUCCCCCCCAAGCUGGGUGCCAGCCCCCCACCCCGCAGGAAGUACUACAAAUACAUCCUGACCCGCAACUUUGAGGCGCUGAACUCGCGGGGCGGAGGGAACCAGGUGUCCCUGCUCAACAUCAUGAUGGACCUGAAAAAGUGCUGCAACCACCCCUACCUCUUCCCUGUGGCAGCCAUGGAGUCCCCAAAGCUGCCGAGCGGUGCCUACGAGGGGGGGGCUCUGAUCAAGGCGUCAGGGAAGCUGCUGCUGCUGCAGAAGAUGCUGCGGAAGCUGAAGGAGCAGAACCACCGCGUGCUCAUCUUCUCCCAGAUGACGAAGAUGCUGGACCUGCUGGAGGAUUUCCUGGACUACGAGGGCUACAAAUACGAGCGCAUCGAUGGGGGAAUCACGGGAGCCCUGCGGCAGGAGGCCAUCGACCGCUUCAACGGUAACUAG